UUCCGUGUUCCCCGUGCUGGCUGUGGAACCACGCGUUCCUCCUGAGCGGCCGCCGCUGCCAUGAAGUUCGCGUACCGAUUCUCCGGCCUGCUGGGCACCGUGUACCGCCGCGGGAACCUCAGCUUCACCCGCGAUGGCAGCUCCCUCAUCAGCCCCGUGGGGAACAGGAUCUCCGUCUUUGACCUGAAGAAUAAUAAGUGUGAGACAUUCCCAUUGGCUACACGGCUUAAUAUUGUGUGUGUGGGACUCUCUCCAGAUGGAAGUCUUGCCAUUCUGAUUGAUGAAGAGGGAGCUGCCUUGCUUGUCAGUCUGAUUGGGAAAUGUGUAAUACAUCACUUUUACUUUCACAAGCCAGUUCACAGUGUGAGCUUUUCACCUGAUGGCAAGAAAUUUGUGAUUACAAAAGACAACGUUGCUCUUAUGUACCAUGCUCCUGGGAAGAAAAGAGAAUUUAAUGCAUUUGUUCUGGACAAAACUUACUACGGUCCAUAUGAUGAAACAACUUGUAUUGACUGGACUGAUGAUUCCAAAUGUUUUGCAGUAGGGAGCAAGGACAUGUCUACAUGGGUGUUUGGAGCAGAACGAUGGGCAAACUUGAUCUACUACUCACUUGGAGGUCACAAGGAUGUAAUAGUGGCCUGCUUUUUUGAAGAGAACAGUCUAGAUCUGUAUACAAUUAGCCAGGAUGCAGCUCUCUGUGUGUGGCAGUGUGAUACAGAGCUUGAUGGUUUGAAGCCCAUGCCCCCUAAAAAUGCAGCUAGAGAAAAGGAUGCAGCAGGAGAUGAUGAAGAGUUUCUUGAAGAGCCAAAGGGUGAAGAAAUUCAUGGAAAAGCCAAUCCAAGUGAACAAGAGGCUAGAGAAAAGGUUAAAUAUUCACGUGUUGCAAAGUAUUUUUUCAAUAAGGAAGGAGAUUUUAAUAACCUGACAUGUGCAGCCUAUCACAAGAAAACACACCUUUUAGUCACUGGUUUUGCCUCUGGAAUCUUUCACCUCCAUGAGCUUCCAGAUUUCAAUCUUAUCCACUCGUUGAGUAUUUCAGACCAAAGGAUAGCUUCUGUUACUAUCAACUGUACUGGUGACUGGAUUGCCUUUGGAUGUUCAGGUUUGGGUCAGCUCCUGGUGUGGGAAUGGCAAAGCGAGUCCUACGUGCUGAAGCAGCAGGGUCAUUUCAACAGCAUGGUUUCAUUAGCAUAUUCUCCAGAUGGACAAUACAUUGUAACUGGAGGGGAGGAUGGGAAAGUGAAGGUGUGGAACACUUCAAGUAGCUUCUGUUUUGUCACUUUUACAGAACAUACCAGUGGUGUGACUGCUGUAACUUUUACUUCCAAUGGUUAUGUCAUUUUGAGUGCUUCCCUAGAUGGAACAGUGCGUGCUUUUGAUCUACACAGAUACCGCAACUUCCGUACCUUUACAUCUCCACGACCACGUCAGUUCUCCUGUUUAGCUGUGGAUUCCAGUGGUGAGAUUGUGUCAGCUGGUUCCCAGGAUUCCUUUGAAAUAUUCAUCUGGUCAAUGCAGAGUGGGAGGCUGCUAGAUGUCUUAUCAGGUCAUGAGGGCCCCAUCAGCAGUUUGUCCUUUAACCCAAUGAAGUGUGUUCUAGCUAGUGCCUCUUGGGAUAAAACUGUCAAGUUAUGGGAUAUGUUAGAAAGCUGGAGAACUAAAGAGACAUUUAUAUUGAACUCAGAUGUUCUUGUUGUUGCUUUCCGUCCUGAUGGCAAGGAGCUUGCAGUUGCUGCUUUGAAUGGAGAGAUAACGUUUUGGGAUCAUGAAAGUGCAGUGCAAACUGGCUCAAUUGAGGGAAGGCAUGACCUCCAGAUGGGAAGGAAGGAGCUUGACAAAAUAACUGCCAAACAGUCAGCCAAGGGAAAAUCUUUUACUACUCUGUGUUACUCAGCAGAUGGUCAGUCUAUUCUGGCAGGUGGAUUGUCAAAAUUUGUCUGUAUAUAUAAUGUCAAGGAGCAGCUUCUCAUGAAAAAAUUUGAAAUCUCAUGCAACUUUUCUUUAGAUGCAAUGGAGGAGUACUUAGAUCGGAGAAAAAUGACUGAAUUUGGCAGCAUGGCUCUGAUUGAUGGAGGAACUGGAGAUGAAGAUGGUGUUGCCAUUCCCCUUCCUGGAGUAAAAAGAGGUGACAUGAGUUAUCGACAUUUUAAACCAGAAAUAAGAGUAACUUGCUUGCAAUUUUCUCCUACAGGACGAAGUUGGGCAGCUACCACCACAGAGGGUCUCCUUAUCUAUUCACUGGACUCUGGGCUAAUUUUUGAUCCUUUUGAGCUGGAUAUUGAUGUCACACCCAGCAAUAUACGAAAAACACUGCAUCAAAAGGAAUACACUAAGGCUAUUGUCAUGGCCUUCAAGCUGAAUGAAAAAAAACUAAUUCAGGAGGUCAUAGAGUCUGUACCUAGUGAUGAAGUUGAUGUUGUCUGCUCAUCACUCCCAGACCUGUAUGUGGAGAAAGUAUUGGAGUUCCUGGCCUCUGCAUUUGAGAUAUCUUGUCAUUUAGAGUUCUAUCUUACUUGGGCUAAUAAGUUGCUCAUGAUGCAUGGACAGAAACUGAAAACAAGGUCAGUGAAGCUGCUCCCUGUGAUCCAGUUCCUUCAGAAAAGCAUCCAACGUCAUUUUGAAGAUGUUUCAAAACUCUGUGAAUGGAAUAUCUACAAUAUUAAAUAUGCAUUGGCCAUGUCACAACAGCGGGGUAUGAAACGUCUGGCAGAAGAACCAACAGAAGAUGAAGAAAACUUGGAUUCUGAUAGUGAUUAUCUUAUGCAAGAAGUUCAUAAAGAUAAUUCAAGUUCCUAGUUACUCUGUGAGAAGAAGACUCAAGAUAAUUUUAUGCAGUGGUAUUCACUGAGAAUGAGUGGCCCUCAUAGUGGCACAAUUUAUCUGCUCUUAACAGUGUGGAUGGAGUUACAUGUGAGUUAGUUGGAGAAAUGUAGGAUAGACAAAGUGCUAUCCAUGUGUAUUUGGUGUGCCCUUUUGCUGAAGAAAAAAAAAAGUCCAAACUACACAGCAGACAUGUACAGUCAGUUUGUAGAAUUUCAGUAUAUAAAACAAAGAUAACAAACAUAAAAACGUGGCCAAUAAUUAUUCCUAAUUUCAAUAAGAAAAAAAUAUUCUUCUGUAGGUGAAGUUAGAAGUCUAACUGGAAAAAAUGCAUUCUUUAUUAAAAAUGCAUUGUACAUAAGAUUAAGUAUUGCGAGUUUUGUAAUGCAGGCUUGUCAUAUGUUGGACUUUAUUUUUUUUAAUCUUGUUUUAAAGUCAUUCUUAAUUGGAGGUCUACAGACUGCUCUCAAAUGUUUUACUUGGUUUUAAUACCUGUGUGUUACUGGAAAACUGUUUUCCUAGUUCUGUAACAUCCAAAUCUGAAGUUUCAACAAUGAGGAUAAAUGAUAUAUCCAUAGCAAUGUAUAUGGGAGAAAAUUUACUGGACUGUACAAAUUUUGCAGAGGUUUAAUUAUCAUGAGAUACUGUAGUAAAAAUUUGUUUGGAAAAUACAAACUUAAUGUAACUUAAAGUUUAAGAGAACAUUGUACAAAUAUUUCUUUUUCUGAUUAAAGCUCCUGUUUUUGAAAGUAUUUUUAAUUAAUGUACUAAAAUGUGGAACAUUUCCUAGAGUUUUGUGAAUUCAUGUGAAAUUGACAGGUAAUGACAGUGAGGUUCUGAAUACAAGGAACAAUACCCAUGCUUGUAAUACUUUCAGGCCACAUGUUGAAAGGGCUCUGUUUAAUGAAGGUACUGCAAAUA